AUGAAGCUGCCUUUCACCACUUUGGACGUCUUCACCACGACGCCCUUCAGCGGCAAUUCUCUUGCCGUUGUUCGAGUGCCUGCGUCCUAUCGCAACACCCUCACGGAGGAGAAAAAGCAGAAGAUUGCGACCGAGUUCAAUUUGUCUGAAAUCACGUUCUUGCAUGAGUCGUCCGAGAACGAUGAUGGCACAGUCGCCGACUACGACAUCUUCACGGCGCGCUCGCGCAUGACCUUCGCCGGCCACCCCACCAUCGGCACCGCCAUCUUCGUCUCCACGACCGGCGCCCCGCUCUUCCCCCACACGCACUCCCUGCGCACCCUCGCCGGCACCAUCCCGCUCGACUACAACGCCUCCACCCGCACCGCCUCGGUGCGCCUCCCCCACGCCGUCUACGAACACUCUUUCCGCCCCCCUCACCCCCUGCCUCCUCCCCCGUCUUCCCCUUCUCCCACUAAUGAUGCCUUUUCUUCUUCUUCCGUCCCCAUCGUCUCCAUCGUCCGCGGCAUGGCCUUCUGCCUCGUCCCGCUCCCGACACUCAACGCGCUGGGCAGCAUGUCCGCCGGCCUCGUCCCCGUCGCCGACGCGUACGCCGGCAAGUGGCUCGACGCCGGCAGCGGGUGGGACGGCGGGUUCACGGGGUCGUUUUUCUACGUCGACCUCGGGCUCGAUCCAGAAGCCGAUCAGCGGCGCCUGCUGCGCACGCGGUCGAUCGGGACGAGGGAGGAUCCGGGGACGGGCAGCGCGAGCGCGGCGCUGUGCUGCUAUUUGGCGCUGAAGGAGGCGAAGGAGAAGGGUGCGGGGCCGUUUGAGUUUCAUCUCGUUCAGGGGGUGGAGAUGGGGAGGAGGUGCGAUAUUUUUGUCAAGGUGGUGAGGACGGAGGAUGGGGCGGCGGUGAGUGAGGUCGUGUUGACGGGGAGUGCGGUGGAGGUCAUGGAGGGGUUUGUUCGUGUGGAGUGA